UUCCAAAAGGGAGGAAUUGUUUGAGAGCUCAGUCAUCCAAAAACGGCCUUUCAAUGUGAGAACUUGGGGAGCCGAAGGAAGAAAAUGUCGGUGGCAUCGCAGUAAAUUACUAAAGCAGCGAAGCUUUAGAAGAAGAAGAAAAGUGUCUAUUUUUUUUUUAUUAUUUUUGAGGGAGAACUACAACUCAGAGGAGAAGCCAGGAGAAGGAUCGUGAGAACCGCAAAGUUACAGCCAGAUUUGGGCACAGUGCAUGGAAAAUGUCUGGAAAGCAAGACUGGACUCCUUGGAUGAAAAAGAGAAAAGCUCCAGUGUUUUAUGCUCUGGGUGCAGUUCUGCUGUGCUGCCUGCAGAGCGGCGCUUCAACCACUUAUGAGGUGCCGGUGUUCACCGAGGAGCCCGUGUCUGUGGUGCAGAAGCUGGGAGGCAGCGUCGUGUUGCGCUGCAGCGCCCGACCCGCCUCGGCCAAGCUCGGCUGGUGUCUGAACGGCGAGCAGCUGUCGAGCGGCGAUCUGGGCGUGGUGCUGGGCCCGGGCAGCCUCCUCAUCCCCGCUUUGACCAAUCGGACGCUGGGCAGAUACCAGUGUGUGGCCAGCACUGGCGCUGGUUCUCUGGCGAGCGUGCCUGCUAACGUCACCGCUGCCAAGCUACGGGAUUUCGAGCCCGACAUCCAGCAGGAGAUAGAAGUCGACGAGGGCAACACGGCCGUCAUCGAGUGUCACCUCCCAGAGAGUCAGCCCAAAGCUCAGGUCCGCUACAGCGUCAAACAGGAGUGGCUGGAGACGUCCAAAGGAAACUACCUCAUCAUGCCAUCAGGGAACCUGCAGAUAGCCAACGCCACCCAGGACGACGAGGGGCCGUACAAGUGUGCCGCUUACAAUCCUGUCACUCAGGAGGUCAAAACGUCCAGAUCCACCGAUCGCCUGCGCAUUCGCCGCUCCACGUCCGAAGCGGCUCGCAUCAUCUACCCGCCGGCGCCCCGAUCCAUCAUGGUGACCAAAGGCCAGCGGCUGGUGCUGGAGUGCGUGGCCAGCGGCAUCCCUACCCCGCAGGUCACAUGGGCGAAGGACGGGCUGGACCUGCGCUCUCACAACAACACGCGCUUUCUGCUGAGCAACCUGCUGAUCGACGCCGUGAGCGAGGGCGACUCGGGCACGUACGUCUGCAGAGCGGACAACGGCGUGGGCUCGGACCGAUCCGCCACCGUGCUCUACGAUGUUCAAGUGUUUGAGCCUCCUCUGGUGACCAUAGAGCUGCAGCAGCAGGAGGUUGCGUUCGGAGAAACCGUGCGGAUCAUUUGUCAGGCCCGAGGAAAGCCCACUCCCUCAGUAACGUGGCUCCACAACGCCCGACCCCUCGCUCAGUCCUCCCGCCACCGCCUCACCUCGCGGGCGCUGCGCAUCUCCAACGUGAGCUCUCAGGACGAUGGCCUGUACCAGUGCAUGGCGGAGAACGGGCUGGGCAGUUCGCAGGCCUCUGCUCGCCUCAUCACAAUAUCGACCGGGAUUUCAUCUCGGGGAAGGCUGCCCCCUAAUUUCCGCCCCCUCAGUCCUGAUAAAGUGCUGAAGGAGCAGCCUCCUGUAAGGCCUGGGGCCGCCGGAGCCAUGCUGCCUCUGGACUGCUCCUCGUUACCGGGACAAAUAUUACCUGCAGAAGCCCCCAUUAUUCUCAGCCAGCCUCGAACAGGCAAGGCCGACUACUAUGAGCUGACCUGGAGGCCUCGGCAUGAUCGAGGGUCCCCUGUGCUGGAGUAUGUGAUCAAAUACAGAAAGGAGGGACCCCCUCUUGCUGAGUGGAUCACUCGAAGUAUCUCAGGUUCCCUCCAUAAGCUGAUUCUAACCAAACUGCAGCCAGACAGCCUGUAUGAAGUAGAGAUGGCUGCAAAGAAUUGUGCUGGUUUGGGACAGCCGGCCAUGAUGACCUUCAGGACUGGCAAAGUGCGUAAAGGAGCGUCCAACGACCCACCAAAAACCCCAGCUGUCCCUUCACCAAGCCUCUCUCCUCCCGAAGCUCCCGAUAAGCCCACCGUCUCCAUGGCUACGGAGACCUCGGCGUACGUGACUUGGAUUCCUCGCGGCAACCGCGGCUUCCCCAUUCAGUCGUUUCGGGUGGAGUACAAGAAGGUGAAGAGGCCCGGGGAGGACUGGGUGACGGCGGUGGAGAACAUUCCCCCAUCCAGGCUGUCUGUGGAAAUCACGGGCCUGGAGAAAGGCACGUCCUAUAAGUUUCGUGUGGUCGCCGUGAACGUAAUCGGUUCCAGUCCGCCCAGCGCCCCCUCCAAGGCCUACACUGUGGUGGGUGGGAAAACCCACGAGCGUCCCGUUGAUGGCCCUUACAUCACUUACAAUGAAGCCAUCAAUGAGACCACGAUCAUCCUGAAGUGGACGUAUGAUCCUGUGAACAACACGCCCAUCUAUGGUUUCUACAUCUACUACCGCCCAACGGACAGUGAUAAUGACAGUGACUACAAGAAGGAUGUGGUGGAGGGGGAUCGGUACUGGCAUUCGAUCACCGACCUGCAGCCGGAAACGGCGUACGACAUCAAGAUGCAGAGCUUCAACGAAAAGGGCGAGAGCGAGUUUGGCAACGUAGUAAUCCUUGAAACUAAAGCUCGACUUAAUAACCCGCGACCUCGGGCUCCGGAGCCUACAGAUCCAGAGGCUGAAGCCCCCGGCGUGCUGGUGCCACGGCCUGGCGACCUCCCCUACCUCAUCGUUGGUAUCGUCCUAGGAGCCUUUGUUUUCAUCAUUGUCGCCUUCAUCCCGUUCUGUCUCUGGAGAGCCUGGGCCAAGCAGAAGCAAGCGUCAGACUUAUGCUUCCCAACUGUGGCUGCUCCGGUGUCGGCAUGUCAGUACACCAUGGUUCCUCUGCAGGGACUGGCCCUGGUUGGACACUGCCCCCUGGACUCUCACAUGAGUCCUUCACGUUACCCCGCUAACGGAGAGUACAUCCAGAACGGAAAAGCUCAGCACUGCCUUCCAGGACUGCAGCAGGAUGAAGUGGAUUGUGACUUGGAGUGCAACACGCUUCUGCCACAGGCAAAUGGACAUCUGCCUCUUUACCAGUACUCCAGCAGGGAGGCGGAUCAUCAGGAACAGAGCCACUGUUCUCCUGACGACUCCACUCAUCAGCUUCUGCCAUCUUCCCAUGAAUUUCUCAGCUCACAGGAAGUAGGAGGCGGCGUUAGGUUUGGCGACGGCACGCCAAACAUCACUCAAAAACAGGAACCUCUCCGUCUUUUGUCACUUGAGGACGACGGCGUUUUCACCUCCUCUUAUUCCACGACCGCAACGCAACGAUCCCAAGAUACAAUACAGGAAGUAAACAUCCUCCCGAAUGAAGUGUCCUCUGAGAACGAAGGGACGUCAGACACCACAGAUGCAUAACAGACUCUUAGUGAACAUAGGAAAAAAAAAGGAGAAUAUAUUUAUUUUUGUAUUAGAAUAUUUAUAUAUUUAUGCUUUUGUACAUAUAAUUGUUAUUAUACUGUAUAUAUGGGUAUUUUCAUAUAAAAACAUGAUUAAUUCAUAUAACUGCUCACUCUACAUCCUUGACAAGGGGAGUCUGCAUUUCCAGAGCGACUUCCAUUUAUUCAGCACUUCCAUGUCCAGACCUCACCCGUCCAUUCCUUUCUCACUUUGCAGACAUCACCCCUUCCUAAAUGUUCAUUGCGUUUAGCUUUAUGCAGACCAGAAACAAAGGGACCAUUUCUCCAAUCAGAUGCUGUAAUUAUGAGGUGCUGUCAUCACGUUCUCAAGAACCGAAAACUGCCAUUGUGUACAGCUGUAACGUAAUAUACUUUGCUUUUCAUUAACAAACUAUUAACACGUGUAUGCAAUUUAAAAUCAUUGUUUUCAGUAGUGUACAUGAGAUUAUAUAUUGUGUAUAUAGUUAUUUAUUUGUUGGAGUUUAUGGUAUUUUAAAAAAAAAAUCAUCACUGAAUGGGAGAGAUUCUGGAAAAUAACAGUCAUCGAUAAGCUGAACUUUACUCUGCAGCCACUUCUGUUUACUUGUUCGCUGGUUACCAAAAGACUGCCAGGUGUGGAAGCUGUGACAGGUGUUAGUAUUAUUCCUUCCUGACAGGUCAGUGGAAAAAGUAUUACAUAAAAGUGAUCAAAAUGAAGGAGAUCCUGAAUCUACACUCCCUAAAGAGUGCAGGCUGUUUUCUGCACAUGCUGGAGCACUAUUGCAUGUAAAUAAAAAGCUUAUGAAAUAAU